ACAUGUGUUCUGGUCCCCUGAGCGCGGUCCCCUGUCAUCGUCUUUCAAAUUCCCCGGAGCCUACGUAGGCAUGUCGAAAGUCGAGCGCGAGCAUUGCGCAGAUAAUCCAAGACGAGUUGGCCGUUUCGAUAGUCAUGCGGAUAGACGAGCGUGGACUCUGCGGCCAGCCUUUGUUGUAAUGGCACUAGGAACAACGCACGAGAACCUCCUCGAACCUCGCCUAUUCCAGCUACUACUCCAGCCUUCUCCUUGCUGCUCCAACGUGUUCUUUGCUAUUCAACGCCCCCAAUUUACUCGUCCUGCGAACUACUGUACUUGUAUACUGCCAGCUAGCAAGCCUCUGAUCGUUACCUGAUUCUGACGUUUAUCUCUCGUCAACUCAAUCUGUCGCAAUGUUUGGGUGCUGUGUCGCGGGUCGUCCGCUGCAGACAAAUCUCCAACAAAUCGACGAUACCCAUGCUAUUUUCGAGCUUCCCGCACCGAGCACCAUCAAUCACAUAUGUGUAUUCCUCUUAGGCAGCGUGCCAUUUCCUGAUGGAUACGGCGCAACUGUUCACCUCCACUGGCCCGGCAAGGGAUUUCAGUUACUCGGAAUGCUCUCAAAUGACAAACCCUCCGCCAUCUUCCGCCUCCGCGGUACCUUCUCCUCGCAGUCCUCGCGGCCGACGCUCUUCGGAGAUGCCUCGGGGACGUCCACGCCCACGACAGCCAUGGUCACUGACGUCGACACGACUCCCGCGUACCUCGGCAUCGCCAUCGAGCCGCUGUCCACGAUCGAGGCCGAGGUGGCCACCAUCCCGUCUGCCAUUACGCGUCCCGCGAUCACGCAGGCGGAUACGACGCUGCUAGCGGAACGGAUAGUCAAGCAUCUGUUCAACUAUGUAUCUGGGUUUGCUGGGGGCGGACUGAUGACGCCUGAGACGCCGAUACCGCUAGCGGUGAUUGCAAGGUGGUAUGAGGCGUUUGUGAGCAAGGUGCGGAUGGUUGGGAUUGGGUUCCUGGAGAACCAGCAGUAGUCGUUGCGGUGGGUGGAAGGAGAAUGUGAGGGAAUGACUUGUUUUCGACGCCGAUGUUGAAAUGAAAGGGAAGUCUGUGAAGUCGGCCAAUUGUACUCUAUCUCUCACCAAACCGCUGAAUGGGACUUUAUGCGAG